AACAUAAAGAAAUAAAUUGACAAGCCCAGCAAAAUUUAUUUUUACUGGCAUAAUGUAAUAAUUUUAAUAAGUAACAAAUAUUUUUACCUAAUUACUUAUUAUGUGGAGUGAUAUAAUACAUACUUUACUAUGUAAAAUACUGUAAAAAGAGUGCUAGUCAAAAGUGCUCCUGCUAUGAAAGAAUUGUCCUAGUAUGUCGAUAUACCUUUAACGUUGUACUACAAUUUUAUUACCCAAAACAUAAACAAUUAUUAUCAAUUAAAAAUCUUCAAACUCAUGUAUAUAUGACUGCUGACAAAAAAAUAGUUUGCAAAACAAAAUCUUUUUAACUCAUCAGUUAAGAUGACCACCCGCGAUAUAUCCAACCGUAUUAGAGAAUCAACAAAAAAACGUGUAAUUGAUGACGCCACACGCAAACUACGCCUUCAGAAACAGCUGGAGGCUUUGGAAAAAGAUAAUUAUCACUCUGAUCCACAUGGUGACUUAGUCAUGUCCAAGAAAAUACCCAAGUUCCAGGAUAAUGGUAAGAAACUAAAGGAGAGGAAGAAACGCAACAAAGCCUUUGAAGCUUUUCGUCUUAAAUAUCCAAAAAAUUUUCAACAGCUACUUGAUGAAGAAAAACAGCGUUGCGGUGAUGAGACUCCUAUUUAUAUACAAGCUAUAGCACCAGAACCAUCUACUCCACAGCGUAAAUUCUGCGCUGUGUGUGGUUAUUUUUCUAAUUAUACCUGUACUGCUUGCGGCACUCGUUACUGCUGUAUCCCUUGCAUGAAGAUUCAUCAAGAAACGCGUUGCCUCAAAUGGACUGUCUAAGUAUAAUGUUUACUUUAUGCUAUCGUACAAGAUUCCUAACAUAUGUUGACAAAAUAAGUGAAGUUAAUUAAAAUAAUACAGAAAAGCAACAAAUGUAUUAGUGAAUGUAUUAAUACAAUCCGUACAUUACUAGGAACUGCAGUCUAAAACAAUGUAUAAAAAUGUUGCACUCAAAUAAAGUUCUUGCAAAGUAUUUAAGUCGGAGAAUAAUACGUAACUUUCAACGUCUUCUUUUAUAUUUCAAUAUUAAAGUAAAUACUUUCAAAUUUUUA